CAGUCAGCAGCUACAGGGACCGAAACAAACCCUUCCAAAACGAACACGACACACCUGAGCAGGACAAAAUAUGGCAAAAAAUCUGAAAGACUCGAAGGUCCACACACUCAAGAUCCAGCAGACUUACUGGGCAAAGGACUCGAGUGAAGAGGACUUGUUGAAGUUGGGGGCCAUCUGCUUGGACAAAGUAGAAGAACAAGUGGAUUAUUAUGAUACAGAUGGGUAUGAUCUGGCUGUCAAGGACACAUGGCUGAGUAAAACUGAACAUAAAUGGAGACUGAUUGUGGGCAAGAGUGGGCCAGUCAAACCAUCUCCACCAUCCAAAACCAGUCAACACCAUCUUCAGAAAGGUAAUUUGAAAGCCAGUCGACAGGUAGACAAUGACCUUACAAGAAAAAACCAACAGAAAGCUUUAAAAAAUGAUCAAAAUAGCAACAAAAUAUUAGCAGGUACGGAUGCCGUAGGAAAAGGUUUGUCAACUUGCCACGAGCUAGAAAAUGAAAUUGAGAUUAUGCAGUAUCUUUCCAAAGAUUUAUCACCCACAGAAGACAUUAACGGUGCAGCGAUGGGAGAUUUUCUACAAGUUGUGCGGAUCCAAAAAUACGCAAGUUUCGUCUUCACGAAGCAGGUGACCUACCGAUUAAGGGAUCUUUAUACAAUUACACUAACAACGGACCAGAAAAGCUCCAGAAAAGUGGCUGUGGUGUCUCUUCAAGUUGAAAUCCAAAACGUCACACAAGGGUUUCAAAGACUGGAACAGCUGGCCAAUGAUCUGGAACUCCAACUCCAAAAUAUGUAAUGGUAUUGUGGGCUGGCGUGGCACUUACAGAAACAAACAGGGGGUUUACAAGGUCAAGACACAGACUGAUACACUGUAUUCACAACCUGAAGCAGAACAGGUACAUUAAAAACAGCACUAGCCUGGAUUACAACUCCCAGACACCAGAGCCAAGCUCGGCUGACAAAGAUUAAAGAGACUAAUAACUCGUGAUUGCCAGAUUUCAUUGUUGAAAUAGAAAGUAGUAGAUACCUGGAAUAGCCUCCCAGUGAAAGUAGUAAAUGCUUUAUAGAAAAUAAAUAAUGGCCAAGAUGGGUACGAUGCUUUCUUGAAGAAAUCGGUCGGAGGUAUUAGAACGCAUAAACGGACCACUUGUGCCUUGGAAAUGUUGAGAUAAACUAUUCCAAUGUAAGGAAGGUACUCCUGAAAACUAACACUUCCAGUUAAAGAAACUCACCACAACAGCCUAGUGGGAAAACAAAGUCUACUCUAUGGCGGUUCUAUGAGCAGACAUUCCGAAUUCCUGGUAGACUGCUUUUGAAUGG